AUGGCCAGAUUCAGUAGCUUCACUUCGCAUAUUUCCCUUCUCAUAGUCGUUUCGCUCUCUCUCGCCGUUCAUGUUAGCAUCGUCUCUCCAUCAUCACCGUCGUCAUCGCCCGCUCAGUACCCCGAAGUCGAAUAUGUCUCAACCGAAUAUCAUCCUUCAUCCUUUGAAUCUCCAUCACCGGCAGAAACUGAGUACGACUCCCUCUCUCCUCCUGUGUAUCCUCCUUUGGGUCUCUCUGGCUCCUCCGAAUCUCCUCCUUCUGUGGCAGACGGAUACAGUGAAGCACCGAUCUCGCAAACAACCACCUCCGAAUCUCCACAGCAAACACCUCUAACUUCUCCUCUUCCCUCUCCUCCUGACGAAGCACCAAUCUCGCCACCUUCUUUAUCGACAGAAGACAACGUAGAGUCUUCUCCGGAGCCCCGUCCUGAAGACGAGGACAGCGAAGCCGAUCUUUGGCCUGAUCAUCAGAUCACGUCAUCGAUGCCUAACAAGUCGAGUUCGAGCAAUAGCGACGGCGAUGAUUCCGUCGUGUAUGAACAAAAGCCGGAGAAGCAACCAGAGGAGGAGAAUGAGGAUAGAGGUGAAGGCAAGGCAGGAAGAGGCGGGGUUGGGCUUGGGGUGGCGAUGGGUGUUUGUAUGGUUGGUUUGGGAGGGUUGGUGUAUCUGAAGAGGAGGAAAGGAAAUGACGUGCGAAGAACAAGAAGCUACAUGCAAUUGGCCGAGAGAAAGAGUUUGAUCUGA